UAUGAAUUAAUUAAAGUGUAUUGCGUAAUUUUAAAUGUGGCAAAUGAAAUGUGAAAAACACUAUGAUGCCUGUUUUUCCAUAAUUUGUUUUGUAUAUAUAUUUGUAAUAUUGACUGUUUCAACAAAAAAUAAAUAAAAUAUGCUUGAAGUCCCGAGCAUGAUUUAAUUCAGUUGGGUUUGCAUUUAUGUUUAAUUUUGUGUAUAUCGUCUGUUGAACUCUGCUGACAUAUGACAAGUGAGAACAAUGGAAGAAUCUGAGGGGAAGGAUACAUAUGUUACCCAAUUAAAAGAGGUGUUUGAUAGCUGUGAUACAAAUGGGACUGGAGGUCUUAAUGAAGAUGAAUUAAGAAUCCUUUGUGAAAAAUUGCAUUUAGUUGAUCAUACUGAUAUUUUGAUUCAUCAUCUUUUAAAAAGUGAAGCUGAAGUGAAAUUUGAGGAUUUUAAGGAAUGUUUUGUUGCCAUUUUAACUCAAACCAUUCCAAGUGGGGAAGAUAUAUCUGAAGCAGAAAAUAAUGAAGAAGUAGCAGAUCGUGAAGUAUCGCCUAAAUUUACCUUAGGAAGGAAAAAAUAUGGACGUCGUUCUAGACCUGCAUCGAUAGCUGAUGAUGAGAGCUCUGUAGUAUCUCCAAUUUUAACUCCUCAAAGCUCAUUUGACCAAGUUUCAUCUGAUGAGAUUGCAGUGAAGAUUCCUUCUGUUGAAAAUGCACCUGGGAAACGUCCUAUGAGUCCAAAUGUAUCACAACAGCCACCAACUAAAUCUGGACGAAUGACAGAUGAUAAAUUGAUUGCUUCCCAGGAUUCCAGUAGUUCUGUACUACAAGUAUCUGACUCUGAUACAGAUUUAAAUCAAUCAUUUGAUAACAAUCCUGUGCAAUACUUGCAAGAAACAUGGAAAAAACUUAAUAUUGGACAGAAUGGAUAUCUAAAUGUGGAGGAACUGGCUCUUGUGUGCGAGCACAUUGGAAUGGAUAUGACAGAAGAGGUGGUUUCACAGCUUUUUGAGAAGUUAGAUUGUGAUCAAGAUGGCCAGAUAAGUUUUGAUGAAUUUUUGCAAGGACUUUUCCAACAUGGUGAUCCUCAAAAUUGUGAUUCCCCUGUAAUAAAAUCAAAUCCAUCCAAAUCAAUUUAUAACGAUGGGUCCAGAGAUGAUCAUCAAAUCACAAACUCUUCUGUGUCUGGAAUAUUUUCUUGUAUUGAUCCUGACAAUACUGGGUACGCCGACGCAUCCGCCAUCCUGGAGCUCUGGGAAUCCCUGGAGUUGCCCUGCUCGCCACAGCUGCUGGAGGAGCUGGGUUUCAACACAAACCUGAAGAUAAACCUCUCGGACCUGACGACUGUGCUGGAAGAAAUUAUCUGCAAUGUCCUGAAGCGUCCCGUCCUACAGUUAGCUUUUGUUACCUAUCAAAAUGAGCUACAAUACCUUAGGCAGUCGAUGGAGCAGAUGCAACGUGAACGGAACAAGCUGCGAGUGAGUGUGGAGGAAGCGAAUUCUCGGGCCGCCCUGCUGGCCCAGGAGGUGGACGACAACCACGCCAGACUUGAGAGCUCACUGCACAACAAGCUGCUUUUGAUGGAGAAGAAGUAUCAGGAGCAAGCGCGUGUGCUGAUGGAGGAGCUUCAGCAGGAGAGAGAAUCAAUGAGCUCCCAAAGCAACAAACUAAAGCAGCAGCUGCAGCUUGACAUGGAGGCAGCGCGGGAAGAGGAGGCCAAGCUCAAGACGCGCCUUCAUUUGUUGCAGCAGGAAAACAUUCGCUUGGAGCAGGAAUUGCACGAAGCAUCUGAAAAAUAUCUUGAGGCUCAAAAACUAAACGAAGUAUUGCAGAAGGAACUUCUCAUUGUGCCAGAUCUGAAACAGAGACUUGCAGACUUAGAAUCUCAUGCAAAUGAUGUGCAAGAACAAAGUCACCAGAAUUUGUUGCAAGAGUUAGAAAAGUAUAAAAAAUUGAACCAGGAACUUAAAGAUAAAAUUGACGAAUUAACACUUGAAAUCGAAAACAUGCAACAGAAUUCUGCCUCCGAUGUAACGCCUUCUAAAGCAGUCAAUCGAACCCAUUCAUGGCUCUCAGAUUACAGGAAGACAUUAAUUUCUGGCUACAAAAGACGUGGCAGUGAAUCCUCAUCUGAAGAAAAUUCUGAUGAAGAAAGUCGUACUAUCGGAAAAUUGAGGAAAACAUUUCUUUCGAAUGGAACACAUAGCCAUGAAGUUGACAGUCCCACUCUUUCUGAUGAUAAAAAGAAGACUAUAAAUAAAAACCAACCGACCAUGGUUGAUAUUUUAUUGAAAGAUCUGAUGCAUGACCAAGCGUGCCUUUUGCGGAAACUCCAAAUUGCUGAAGAAAGUAAGCUGAAAAUGGAGAAGGCUUUCAAGCAAUCUGAGAAUAAAAACAAAAUUCUUAGUGGCCUUGUCCGUAGCAUGACUGGAGCUGUCUCUGCAUAAUAAUUCAUUUGCUUGCUUCAUUGCUAUUGGGCAUUAGACAGUGCUUGAUUGUAAAAAUGCUAUUUCUGUAUAAAAUAUACUGCUGACCUAACAUUUGUAAAACACCCAACUAUUUUUUGGUCUGACAUCCCUUUAAGAUAGGCUGUGUCAGUAUGGGUUUUCAUUCACGCUGACAUAAAGUCUUUAAUCAAAUAUUAGUAAUACUUAGAACUUUUUCUAAUUUUGUCAUUGCUGAACUGUGAACAUUGUUGUAAAUUAUUGUAAAUAUAGUGGCAUUUUGAAAAUCAUGUGUCAUUGCAUUUUUUACUUGUGUAAUUUUAUUAAAAAUAUGCUGCAUUGAUUUUAAAAUUUGCCCAUCUGUUCAACUUAUUUUGUGAAUACUGUAUGAAAAAAAUUCUCCUAAUGCUUUUCAAAAGUCUGGAAUACUAAUUUUCUUCAUUGAUGUGAAAUUGAAGAACAGUACACAAUGAGUUUAUGUUCAUAUUUGUUUAUAAGCAAAAGGAGCAUAUUUCUUUUCAUGUUAUCAUUAGUGGAUUGUUUCAGUGUGAUCAUUAAUAGAAAUUAUAUUGAACGAAAUAUAAAAAUUUGAAAUGAUAUGCAAUGAUUUUUUUUAAAAAAAUUUGCUUUCUAAUAUAUAUAUAUAUAUUCUCAUUUCCAUGCUGUCAUUAAUGGAAAUCAUUUCAUGCCUAGUCAGAAUUAUUAUUUCUGAAUAUUGUGCCACAGUUUUUUUUUUUAACUCAAGCUAGUCUUGCACUCAAAUAGCAUUUAUUUCUGUUUAACUAUAAAUAUACAAAAAUGAGAAGUGUUAAGCAUAUUAUUAUUUUGAGGAAACCAUUUGCUCAGCGUAUUUUGCACAAUUUUUAAAGUGUUUCUAUUUGUUUUAAUUUGUUGGUUAUCUUAUUUAUUACUUUUCAUAAAUAGUUUUCUGUAAUAAGCAAAUAAUAAAUGUCUUAGAACAGAACACUCAACUCAGCAUUUAGGAGAGUUGCCUAUUUUCUGUGUUACAUACCUGGAAAAAAAAUUCCGAUAUUUUCAUUUUAUGUUUCCUCUAAUGAAUUUACGAUUAUGGAUCUUCUGAUAUUCAUAUGGCUAGAGUGCUAUAUAUUAUUUAAUUAUUGUAUGCAUUUUUUUUUUUUACUUCAAUGGUGGCCAUUCUGAAAUUAAUAUAUACUUCUAUAACCUUUGUAAACUUACCUUUUUUCUGUAAAACUUUGAUUAUUAAGCUGAAAUAACAGAGUUUGAAAGUUUAAAAAUUUUUUAGGCUUGUUGUAGAAUUAUUUGAAUAAGUUUUGUACUCUUUGGCUGUUGUUGCUGCUUACUGUUGCUUGAUAUUUAUCUUUAAAACACCCAGUUGUUUUAUUUGUUUAUGUAACUUUAAGCUUUGAAUUAUAAUGAUUUGUUUUGUUUGUAAUUGAGCAAUUUUGUUCAAUUUGCAAAAUGUAAUAUAUAUGGGACCACACUAUAUUUUUAUGUUGUGACUUGCUGUUCAAAUUAUAUAUAUAUAUA